AUGAAUUAUCAACUUUACCUGGACCGUUUCACGUUGUGCGAAGAGACCAACGAAAUAUGUAAAAUGGAGAAUCUUGACAGAAUUGGUAAUAAAGUGAGCGGAAAAAGAUCGAACGAAGUUUUCGAUCAAUACAUUGAAAUAUCGGAUGAUGGUUAUGAGGAGGAACAGAACCGCUUUUUUCAACAAGAUAAUACUUGCGAGAACCCAUCUUCAAUUUUUGAGGAUAACGCGAACGACAAAACAUACCACGGUCGUGCAUCCUCUUUAACCCCUAUUCCGCAAAAAACUGCUUUAAAACAAAAAACCAAGAGUGGGAAACCAGAACUGUCAGAUUCGGAGAACGGGGACAGACCCUCUACCAAACUUCGAUUUAAUAAAAGGAUGAUGAAUUUGGAAGGUACUUCUAACGUGAUUGAAACGAAAGGAAAGUUCGAUGGAGAUUCUACUGCGAUCGACGAGAACGAAAUGUUCAGCGGAAGUUCUACUUUGAUCGAAAAAAAGAAGAAAAGUUCUGAUGGAAAUUCAAUAGUGAUCGAAAGGAAAGGAUGUUCCGCAGGAAAUGUUACUACGACUGAAGAGAAAAAAUUGCUCAAUGAAAAUUCUGUCUUGUCCGAAAAGAAAAGGAAAAGAAAAUUCGAUGGAAGGUCCGCUACUACCGAAGAGAAAGAGAUGUAUAUUGGAAGUUCUACCUUAGGUGAAAAGAGAAGGAAAAGAAAGCCCAAUGGAAAUUCUACCUUGACCGAAAAGAAAGAAAAGUCUGAUGGAAAUUCUAGUUUGAUAGAAAAGAAAGAAAAGACCCAUGGGAAUUCUACUUUGACAGAAGGAAAGGAAAAACCCCAUAGCAAUUCUGACCGAACCGAAAAGAAAUCCAGAACAAAAAGUAAUUUAUCGAGUGGUAGAUCUCCUUGGACAAAGGAAGAGGAGAACAUUUUGAUGGAAGCCGUUGAAGCUCAUGGUGCUAAGUGGUCAUUGGUCAAAGAAUUCAUGAACGGUAGUCGUGCACCGAAUUGUUAUAAGGUCCAUUGGGAAGUUAUGAAGAAAAGGUGUUUGAAUUCGGGGAUUUAA